GGGGGAGGCGGCGAGCCGGCGGCGCCUUUGUGAGGGCUCCCGCAGCCGGAGCUGGCGCGGCCGCCUGGAGCGCGGCGGGUGGGGGGCGGCCGCCGGGGUCCAGCGGGACUCUGCGUCUCUGAGCGGCAAAAGGGCCCGUGUCCGGCCCGGGGCGGCGCUCGGGUGGCGGGCCGCGCUCUGACAGCUCACCUGGCGGGCCGCGGUGGGCAGGCCCGGGGCCGCGCUGCCCGGUAGGUGGGCCCGAGCCCGAGCUCCAGCGCUGCGCUGCGGCCGCGACGAGCGAGGCACAACCCGCCGGGGGCUGCGGGUAGCGCCGCCGCCCGCCCCGAGUGGCUCUUCGGAGCCACUUCCACCGUGGAGCACGUCUUUCGCCCGCAGCCGAAAGUCAGCUACAGUGGCCGAACCUACUAAACCCGUGCUUUUGCUGCCUGAUAGCUUUUGAUGAGUGGAGUAUCUCUCUUGAAGGAGCUGAAGCUGCCCUCCUACAAAGGCCAAUCUCCCCAGUUACAUCUGAGAAGAUAUUUUGCGGAUCUGAUUGCUAUUGUGAGCAAUCGGUUCAGACUCUGUCCUGCUGCACGACAUCUAGCUGUGUAUCUAUUGGACCUCUUUAUGGAUCGUUAUGACAUAUCUAUACAGCAGCUGCAUGUGGUUGCUCUUUCCUGUUUACUUUUAGCAAGUAAAUUUGAAGAAAAGGAAGACAGUGUUCCCAAACUUGAACAGUUGAACAGCUUGGGUUGUAUGACUAACAUGAAUUUGGUACUAACAAAACAGAAUUUACUUCAUAUGGAGUUGUUAUUGCUAGAAACAUUUCAGUGGAAUUUGUGCCUCCCAACUGCUGCUCAUUUCAUCGACUAUUAUCUUUCUAUUGCUGUCCAUGAGACCGAUCUUCAUGAUGGCUGGCCAAUGGUUUGCUUAGAGAAGACUAAGUUAUAUAUGGCAAAAUAUGCUGAUUACUUUCUGGAAGUCUCACUGCAAGAUCAUGCAUUUUUAAAUUACGCUCCUUCUUUAGUUGCUACUGCGUGUGUAGCUUCUUCAAGGAUUAUCUUGCGUCUCUCACCGACAUGGCCUACCCGACUCCAUCAUCUUACUGCAUAUUCCUGGGAUUUCCUGGUGCCAUGUAUUGAGCGACUAUUAAUUGCACACGAUAAUGAUGUGAAGGAAGCAAACAAGCAAAAAGGACAACAUGCUCAGUCUGCCCAGCACGCUGUAUUUCAGACCCCAGCUCCAACUCCCCAGCAGGCUAAUGCUCAACAGCACGUACCACAGUAUCUCCAAGGUCAUCAGUCUUCAUUACAGUAUCACCACCAGACAUCGCAGCAGCAAAAUUGUCAACAGAUACCAUCAUCUAAUCACACAGCCUCUUACCCACUUCAGACUUGCCCUGCUGCCUUACAGUCUAGUGCUCAGGCUCGAGGCCACGUACAGACUGGUGCUGCAAUGUCACUAGCUGUUCCGCUAGAAGUGAAGCCAUGUAUAAGUGUCUCCUACAACCGGAGUUACCAAGUGAAUGGACGAUAUUCCUGUAUUACUCCCUGCUUUGAGAGGUGAUAAGUACAAAAUGGUUUUGUGCUUGUUUCUUUGGGGUGGGAACUUGCGUUGAGGGGAAUUGUUUUGGGUUUUUUUGUUAAACCUCAAGUAAGUUUGAGGGCAACAAAUGGAAUAAAAAAACAACUGUCUUUCCAGAAAAAAAGCAACUGGAUUGGCAAGCAGUACCAUAGCUCAAAUACAGACUGCAGAAAAUAAGCACACAGAACACCCUCUGAAAAGAAUGUGUAUACCUGGGGGUACCAAGUUCUUACUGUGGCGCUUGGAAUACUCUGUGCUUCUAAUGCACGUCUUUGAAAUAUUAGUCAAAAGAAAAAUAGCUGUGGACUAACUACAGACUUACUUUUUAAUGAAGGAGAUACACAGUAUUAUUUUGAAGAAAUUUAUGUAAUACCACCAUACAGUAUUAACACUUCCUUUAAAUUUACUGAAACUUAUCCAUUGGAUGCCAGACUUCUCCAGAUACAUGGGGACCACAGGAAGAAAUAGAUCUCACCUGGCUAACUCCAUACUCUUGCCCCUUUUUCAGCACUUGUGCUGGAUAUUUGUUUUAGGCUAAGGCAUUUGAAUUAACUGGUGUUUUGGCUAGUUUUAAGUUUUGUACCUCACAGAAUAGACACUAUGUUUUUGCUUCUUUUCUCCUCCCUAUCCUUCUUAUGUUUAAAGUAACUCUUUCAUACUAACUCAGGGAAUUUUCUGCUCAUUACUCUGUGCUGCUGGUUUGUACACUUAAUUAGGUAUAACUUGAGGGAGGAAGGUAGAGAGGGAAGAGACCAUAGCAAGUGGAGUGGCUUUUCUUCAGGGCAUCUAUAUGCAGAGUACCAAAGGGAUAUGUUAGUGUUCACCGAACGUAGAUGUGAAGAACUGCCCAGCAGCAUGGUAUUGAGUAAUUGAAGAAAAGAGAAAGUUUCAGCUGAACUUGUACUGUACCAGACCUACUACAGUGGCUGCAAUUCCUCUGUAUACACACACACAAACGCAUAUAUUAUAAACCAACAGAAAGCAUCCUCCAGCUGUACUGACAGGAUCACUCGUACAAUAUCCCGUUCUGUCAGGCUUAUAGCGGAGGGAAAUUCUCAGGUAAUAGUGGGGCAACUUUUUCUUCUACUGUUUGGGAGUUCUAGAAGAUGCAGAGAGAUUUACUCUUCUAAAUGGGUGGAUCAACGAUAUAUUACAGAGUGAACUGCUUUAUCACAAUUAAGGUGCUAAUUACAUGACUUUAUGGAAUUACACCAUCUCCUGUGGAGUGGAUCAUCUGAGGGUAGAACGCUUCACUCAUCCAACUCUUGGAUGAAAAUGGUGGUAGAGGUAUUAAUGGAGGAUUUUUGUUUGUUUGUUUUUUAAAUACAAGAAGAUACCUGACUUUCUCCUGUGGUAGAAUAUGGGAGGGAGAGGUAGGAUUCUUAUGUGGACUUAAGGCUUUUUUUUUUGGUUUUGUUUGUUCUUUUACCACUUUCUCCCAUCUUAGUGGUAGCACUUAAAAUCGUGUACCAUCUAAUAACGCUGAAGUGUUGUGAAUCUUAGAGAGACUGUUUUGAAAGCAGGGGCAAUUAAGAUACAUUAUCAAGAGGCAUGCUUUAUCACAGGAGAGGGGGCCUUCCCUCCAUUCUGAAAAUUAUGGUAGGACAGCUGUGCUCAUUCUUUCUGGGGCUGAAUGAUAACAUGCUACAAAAACCUAUUUAUUGUUGAGGAGAAGUAAUCCUGUUUAUCUUGUUUUGUUUUUCUUUGCAUAAAUCCCAAUUUUUGUUGUGGGCUUCUGUAGCAUAUAUGUACCAGUCAAGAAGGGUAGAAGGGUGAAAGAAAGAGAUGACCCUCUCUGCUUUAUGCUAGAGAAUCAACUUUGAAAUAGGCAUAGUGUGGUCAAUUCUUAAUUAAAAGUGCAGGUUGGGUUUGGUUUGGGUUUUUUUUCCCCCUUUCCUUUUUUCAUCUCUUAAUGAAUAUUUCCCCAUGUCUAAGAGUAGUGUUAAGUAGAGACUUUCCACCUCAUAAGAUGCCAUGCUUUCUAUUCAGUAUCGUUACCUAUUUAAGAGGGAAAUGGACUUCUGUCAGUUUCAUUUUGUGGCAAUGCUAUAUCCAAGUCCUCAGUGCUCUAACUACCUCUGAUGCUAUGAAUGUACAGUCUUGUAAUAGACCAUGACUUGAAAUAACAGCAGAUGCCUGUAGCAUUUUUUUCUGUAUAAUCUUUACAUCAGCUAAUUUGUCAUCUUUAUUUGUGACACAGCAGUAUAGACUCUUCUUUUUGGGGGAUUAGUAAAUUUAUGCCAUAGGCAUUUGAUAUAUAAAAAUUUAACUAAUACUUAACACUGGAAUUAUAAUGGGCGGGGGGCUUAUUCAGUUAGUUAAUACUGCAAAUUUACAUUUAAUAGGGUUUGGUUUUUUUUCUAUUUUAAGACAUUAGCUCAACCAUAAAAAGAUCCACUACAUACUGUUUGUUUUUAAUUUAUUACUUAUUCUGAGUUUUUUCUGACACUACAGCUGCAUAAUGACUACAGAGAAAAUGUACACUGAACAGUUUCAAUAUAUUAUUUAAAAGGGCUUUACCAGUGUACAUGAAAAAUACACUGUUCUUACUAUUAGAACCAAAAUGUGUUUUUUUAUGGGAUAAAUAAGAAUGGUGCUCUUAAAUGCAAAAUGUCCAAAACAAUGGAAUCUUUGUGAGUGCUAUGCAUUCAACUUUUAUUUUUAAAAAUAAAAGUAGUUUUGAGUAAGAAGG